AUGGAUGUCCUUCGUUUGAUUGACAAAGGUGAGCUCGCAGGUCUCUUUGAUGAGAACCUCAAGUGCAAGAUUGGCCUAUCUUUCUUCCAAGCCGUCUUCCGUAUCGUCCUCAAACAAGGUGACAACGGAGCUUGGGGAGGCUUUCGUGAGCAAACAUGCUACGCCAUUCUGGCUCUUGCCCAGGCACGCCAUGUUUGCUUCUUCACACACAUGAUGGACAGGCUUCAGAGCUGCAUCGACCGUGGUGUUGCUUGGCUCAAGUCCUGCAGCAUUCGUUCUCAGGACCUAACCUGGACGCCAAAGACGACAUAUGAAGUUGCAUUUGUUGCUGAAACAUACAAACUAGCGGCCCUGCAGUCGGCUAGCAUAGAGGUCACCACUGCUACUGCUGGUCAUAGCCUCACCUCGGCAGUUCCAUCAUCUAACUUGGAGCAAUACAUGCGGCUUGUGCGUAAGACUGCAUUGUUCUCACCGCUGGAUGAGUGGGAACUCAGAGCGUCGAUUAUUGAGUCGUCGUUUUUCGUGCCCCUUCUACAAGCCCAGCGUGUUGAGAUUCACUCAAGAGACAAUGUCAAGAUCGAGGAGGACAGGUAUCUGAGCAUCAUUCCUUUUACUUGGAUCGGAUGCAACAACAGAACCCGCACCUUUGCAUCUAAUAGGUGGCUCUACGACAUGAUGUACCUGUCUCUCCUGGGCUAUCAGACCGAUGAGUAUUUGGAGGCUGUUGCUGGGCCGGUAUUCGGUGAUAUCUCUCUGCUUCACCAUACCAUCGACAAGAUUAUAAACAACACCAGGGUGAACUCAGCCGGGACUAAUGGUACUGUGCACAAUGGAAAUGGCCAUCAGCACGAGUCACCCAACAUUGGACAAGUUGAGGAUACUCUCAGUCGCUUCACCAAUAGCGUCCUCAGCCACAAAGAUGUUCUGAGUUCGAGCUCUUGCGAUCAAGACACUCUUCGCCAAGAGUUCAGAACGUCCAUGCACGCCCAUGCCACACCGCUGGAGGACAACAGCCGUUUCUCCAAUCAGGACUCUAGCGACGUUUCUGCUUCCCCAGAGCAAUCGGGCUUCCAAUUGGUGAAUAGCACAAGAGGGAAUCUGCUUCAAGGCAAUGACGCGUUCCCCUCUGUUCCUCAGAAGUAUCUCAUUUCCUCCGUCAUGCGUCACGCUACAAACAUGUGUCGUAUGUACAACGACUUUGGUUCCAUAGCUCGCGAUAACGCUGAGCGUAAUGUGAACUCGAUCCACUUCCCCGAGUUCGCGCUAUCCAGUGGAACGUCACAGAGUCUCGACGACAGGAAGAAGAGACUUUCACAGAUAACUACGUAUGAGCAAGCUUGUCUUGAUCGUGCUAUGGAUCUGCAAGCAGUUAUUCGAUGA